AUGGAUGAAGACUUCGAAAAAAAUGGGUCCCAUAAUUAUGAAGAAAUUCUUCAUAAAAAUGUGAAAGACAUUGAAAAUAAAGUACAACAGUUGAAAAAUACCACCCUCCCUGAUGAUAAUGCAUUGAAAGAUGUUAAUGUAUUGUUCGAUAGAACUGUUCAACUGAAAGACAAGUUUUCCACUGUUUAUUUUCAAUACAUCAAGCAUAGUUCAGUCGUAAUAUAUGAAAAGAAACUGAAAGAAUUGAUAAAGGAAAUCGAGUCCUUAAAACAUAUGCUUAUUCAGAAUAAGAACAAAAAAGUCUUGGGAGUGUUCAAUGACAUUUGUGGUGAUAAUUUUCUUAUUCCAGAAAAUGACUCCAUUGAAAAUGAAAAUGAGAAUGAAAAUGAAAGUAAAGAGUUAACUGAUGACUGGGUUGACUUAAAUCAGCAUAAGUUAUUCUUUCAAAAUCUUCAAAAUGAAAGGAUAAUUAGAGGACAUGACGAAACUGAAUGCUCGAGCCUAAUUCUGGACAAUUUAGUUAAUUGCGAAGUUAUAAUUCUCGAUGUGUUAAGUUCUGUGUUAAUACGAAGAAUUAAAAACUGCACUAUUUGGGUUGCUGUGGUUGAAUCUUCUAUUUUAAUAUAUAAUUGCCUGGGCUGCAAUAUAUUGUCAAAUUCAAAGCAAAUAAGAAUACAUGACACUAGUGAAACGAAUUUCUACAUUAACACAAUGAGUUCUCCCAUCAUAGAGAACUCGAAUCAGCUAACUUUCUUUCAAUACAAUUUGAAUUAUGAUGGUUUGUCAGAAUUAUUAAAAAAAAAUAACAUAAAUAAGAACUCAAACAAUUGGAUGGAAAUUCUAGAUUUCAACUGGCAGGAUACACAGGAACAGUCUCCAAACUUUAGUAUAUCAAAAGAAACACAGGUGUAUUACAUAAAAUUACAGAAAAUAUAUCAUAUUCAAAAUGACCAAGGACAAACAGUAAAUGGAAAAUAUGUUAUAGAAAACUUCCCUGUGUUUUUAAAAAAAGUAGAUUAA